AUGGCUCUGCCGUUACCAUCAGGUCUAGUGCCCGCAGAGGUUGCUUUCCUGUGUGAAAUGGAACUGGUCACAAUAGUCCCACGUCAACGGUUGGAAAGCAUCGACCUCCUAGGCGUGAGCAACCCACCCCCUCCUUUCUACCCCGCGACGCGUCGCGGUGCGACGCCAGCUUUGCGACCUCCGGCACGUGCCGAGUUGCCCCUCUGGCUGGCUCUCCUCCUCAAGAAACAACGACGAGCCAACAUUGUGCCUCCGCGCUGGCUUCACCCGAGCUCACUCGCCGAGAUCGUCCACCACGAAACGAAGCGCAACCCCGACGCCUUCUCCCCUCCACCGCCGCCCCCGACGCGCGCCGAUGCCAUGGGCAACGCCCGCCGUUGGGGCGCCAGCCGCGACGAGAUCCUGUCCCCGCCCUUUCUCCCAUCGUGCACCGCUGACGCGCCCCCCAACGCGCUGCCCUACCACUGGUUCGAGCUAGCCGAGGUGCUACUGGCCCAUGCCUCCGACGACAUACCCUCGUCUUCCGAGGUGCGGUCGCUCUUGCGCGACCUGCAGGAGGUGCGCUCCGCCAAGAUGCGCCAGAGUACCCAGGAUCUGGCCGAGGGCGUCGACGGUGUCAUGAGUCUCCGCGGUGUCGGCGCCAUGGAGCUGGCUGAGAGCCGCGGAUUCUUCCUCGGCGUCUUGGAGGGUGUACGGAAAAUUGGUGCGAGCGCCGAGGCUAGCAGGCGUGAGGAGGAGGAGGAACGCGAGAACGGCGACGGCGAUCACGACGAAGACGAAGACAUGCUAUGA